AUGGAUUCAAAAUACGCAUCUGUCGGUAAAGAAAACCAAAGAAAGCAUUCUCUUGAUUUAAAAGUGAAGCGAGUAAAUUUAAGCACUGAAAAUUCAUUAAAAUUAAAUGGGCAAGUCAUAACACAAACUUUAUCCCACAAAAACAAAGAAAAAGAAACAUUUGAAGAUUUACAGGAAUCUAGAAAGAUAUUGCCUGUAUAUACUGUAAGGUCCAGAUUAUUAGAAGAAAUAAAGAAAAAUAACACAAUGAUAUUAAUUGGUGAAACUGGAAGCGGUAAAACUACACAAGUACCUCAAUUAAUUCAUGAGCUACGUCUUGAGGGAUCAGGGGCAAUAGCAAUCACACAACCACGCAGAGUUGCUGCUAUCACUUUGGCAUUGCGUGUUGCAGCUGAAAUGAAUACUGAAAUAGGCUCAUUUGUGGGAUACUGUGUAAGAUUUGAAGAUGUUACUAGUGCUAGGACUAAGGUAAAAUAUCUAACAGAUGGCAUGUUGCUAAGAGAGGCAGUGGCUGAUCCCUUGUUGAAAAGGUAUUCAUUUAUAAUAUUGGAUGAAGCACAUGAACGCACAGUAAAUACUGAUGUGUUAUUUGGAAUAGUUAAAUUAGCUCAAAAAGAGAGAAAUGAUAAGAAACUAUUACCUUUGAAGAUUAUAAUAAUGUCUGCAACAAUGGAUGUGGAUUUAUUUAAAAAGUAUUAUGAUGACUGUCCUGUUAUUUAUUUAGAAGGUAGAACACACCCUGUCACCAUUUAUCAUGCUAAAUUGAAACAAGAUGAUUAUCAAUAUGCAGUUGUUUGUACUAUAUUUCAACUGCAUGUGUCGACACCAUCCAACCAUGACUUCCUUGUAUUCCUUACUGGGCAGGAAGAAAUUGAAACUGUUAUGAGCAAUAUAAAACAAGUAGCAAAAGAGUCUUCAGGACCUCCAAUAAGAGUAUGCCCCCUGUAUGCUGGUCUACCAGCUGCAAAACAGUUGCAAGUGUGGAAGAAAACACCCCCUGGAAUGAGAAAAAUAGUUUUGGCCACCAAUAUUGCUGAGGCAUCUGUUACAAUCCCACAAAUAAAGUGUGUCAUUGACACUGGUAUGGUGAAGGAAAGGACGUGGUGCACGGCGACGGGCGCGGAGCGGCUGCGCGUGCGCGCGUGCUCGCAGGCGGCGAGCUGGCAGCGCGCCGGCCGCGCCGGCCGCACCGCGCGCGGCGCCGCCUACCGCCUCUACACCGCGCACGACUUCGCCUCGCGCCACGCACACAACACGCCAGAGAUCGUCAGGUGUCCUUUGGCAGCAACUAUGCUGCUGCUGAUUGCAACAGGAUUGGAUCCCAUUACCUUUCCAUUAAUAGAUCCGCCUCCUCCUGAUUCCAUACAAGCUUCAUUGUUAUUGUUGAAAGAGUUAGGUGCUAUCGAUAAUGAGGCUAAUCCGAAGCUGACAAUUCUCGGCAAAAAAAUGACUGCUUUUCCGAUUGAUCCCAAGUAUUCUAAAAUUAUAUUAUGUGCUCCUGAAUUCAAUUGUUUAGAUGAGGCAUUAAGUUUGGUUGCAGUUUUGUCUAGCGAAAAUAUAUUUCAUAUGCCAAUUCACAAAAGAGAUGAAGCGUUGAAAGUGAAACAAAAAUUUGUUUCACCUCUUGGAGAUCAUGUUACACUUUUAAAUGUAUUUAAAGCGUUCUGUAAGGCUCCUCUUAAAAAGCAAUGGUGUAAAGAGAAUUACCUUAAUCAUAAAAAUUUGUCCUAUGCUUACGAGAUAAGACAACAACUGCUGAAUGUUUGUCAGAGAUUGAAUAUGACAGUGACGAGUUGCGGAACAGCAAUGGAUCAGCUGCUGAAGUGUUUACUAAGUGGUCUAUUUACGAACUGCGCGUGGGCGCGUAGCGGCGCGGCCGGGAGCGGCGGCGGCAAGUACGUGACCGCGUCCGGCUCGGCCGCGUCCGUGCACCCGGCUAGCGUGCUGUUCUCGACGCGGCCGCCCCACCCGGCCAUCUUGUACACCGAACUGUUGCACACGCGCCGCUCCUACCUGGUCACAGUGUCGGCGAUACAACCGCAGUGGCUGCACCAAGUGGCGCCCGAUUACGCGAGACGCUGCCGUGCCAACCGGUGA